GUUCAUUAGUGAAGUACCUCAGUCUCAACAACUCUGCUCUUAAAUUCACAGGUGACCAUUCAGGUGUCUGCAGGAGUAUUUCCAAUUUCUCUACAGGGAUUAAAAAUUCUUUCCAGCGUCUGCGUGGUGGGCUUGGUCGGAUUGUUCGAUUUACGAAACGCCUGUUUCACAAGGGCCACAAAGAAACUCAACUCAGCAGCAAACUGAUAUGGGUCUCCCCCAAAGAUAAAACGCAGGAAGUGCCUCCAAAUGCAGUUACUGUCUAUGACGAUGCAACAAUGACAGAUUAUUAUGUUGCUAGACAUGAAGACUGUAAGCCAUGCUUUAUUAAGAGUGGGGAUAAAUCUUGUAUGACAUUUUUACCACAAAAAGCUACAAACAGUAAAAAGAUUACUGAUAUUAAUAAUAUUAUGUAUCUUGUAAAUGAUGACGAAUUUGAAAUUCUGCAAUGGCAGCCAUCCUCAAAUGAUAAUUUUCCUCCUUUGCCAGUGGAGACUUGUGAUGGUUACUUUAUUGCUAAAACUGACACUGGGUUAGGUUAUAUGAAAGCAAACAGUGCAAUUAAAAUUGACAAUCAACUACAAAAAAACAAACAGAGUGAAGUCCUCACUCUAAACUAUGACAUUGCAGAAGAGUUUUUGUCCAAUGUUACCUAUAAAAUGACACCACAAAAAGAAAAAGAAAAUGCAGAAGUGUUGAGGAAGAUAACAGCUAAUAACAAGAACUGCAAAGCAGCCAAACAAGUGGUGACGAUUGAGAGUGGCUUUGAAACAACAGAUUCUUUCCAAAUUGGUUUAACUAGUAUAUUUGGAGGGUCAAUUGAGCUUGAAGUUCCACUACUAGCCAAGAUGGAUCUAAAAGCAGAGAUUAGUCCUUCCAUUUCUAAAACUAAAACAAACAUAGACAAAGCUACUUCUGGGUACACUCUGGAAGUAGAGACACCACCUAACACUAUGUGCAGCAUUGUAGUGAAGAGCAUUAUCUUAAAAACCACCGUCCUGUUCACUGCACAGCUCAACAGAGUAUAUAGCAACAUGGCAAUGCGCAGUACCUGGGUCAGUGGCACCUACAAUCAUCAGGAAGUAGCAAAUCUCGAAGCAGUCAUGGAAGCCUGCAAGCCCAUUACUGAUGGAAGUAAAUGUUGAGACAGAAAACAUGUUAGUUUAAAACAAUCUAAAGCAAUUUCUGUAAUGAUAAAUUUAAUGAUGCGGAAAUGUACUGUAUAUUCAUAACUGAAAAUAUUGCCACUCUGCUGUCAUGGUACCAUUAAAAUGGCUUUUACUGUUCUACACACUUGCGUUAUCGUUUCUUCCACAUGAUUUUUCCUUCUCUCUUAAAUGUGUUUCCUCAUGAUAUUAUUCUAUCUCAAUACAGAUUCAUCAUGACAUCAUAAAGGGGUUGUGACUUUUACUGCUCAAAAUUA